GAGUGAAGUCUGGUGUACUGGCUUGGGCUGGACACAUGAUGAAGAGUGAAUGAGGGGAGCAGGAGAGACGCUCUCAGUCUAUUAUUGACUCGCUCUGAGUCUGUUACAGCCGCAGCUCUCACACACAAGUCUGACCAGUUUGCUUCUGUAAUCAUCAUGGAAGUAGAAAGUUCAGCGAGGAACCUCAAUGGACUCCAGGAGGAAACAGAGAUCUGUGAGGGGCCCGAGGUUCCCAAACGCAGCGACGUCAAAGUCUACAAGGAGUUCUGUGAUUUCUACGUGCGCUUCAACAUGACGAAUGCUUUAGCCAAUGCCAUCUGUGAGCGCUGUAAGGCCAGCUUCACACCAACAGAGAAGAUUGUGAACAGCAGUGGUGAACUGUACCAUGAGCAGUGCUUCGUCUGUGCACAGUGCUUUCAGCAGUUCCUCGAGGGGCUCUUCUAUGAGUUUGAAGGCAGAAAAUACUGUGAGCAUGACUUCCAGAUGCUGUUUGCUCCAUGCUGUCACCAGUGUGGCGAGUUCAUCAUUGGCCGUGUGAUAAAGGCCAUGAACAGCAGCUGGCACCCCGACUGUUUCUGCUGUGAUCUGUGCCAGGCUGUGCUCGCUGACAUCGGCUUCGUAAAGAAUGCAGGCAGACAUCUGUGCCGCCCGUGCCAUAACCGUGAGAAGGCUCACAGUCUGGGGAAGUACAUCUGCCAGAAAUGUCAAGCUAUUGUUGAUGACAUCCCACUGAUUUUCAAGAAUGAUCCGUAUCAUCCAGACCACUUCAACUGCAAUAACUGCGGUAAGGAGCUGACGGCCGAUGCCAGGGAGCUGAAGGGUGAGCUGUACUGUCUGCCAUGUCAUGAUAAGCUGGGCGUGCCCAUCUGCGGCGCCUGCAGGAGACCCAUCGAGGGCCGCGUGGUCAAUGCCAUGGGCAAACAGUGGCACGUGGAGCAUUUCGUGUGUGCCAAAUGUGAAAAACCAUUUCUUGGUCAUCGGCAUUAUGAGCGUAAGGGCCUGGCGUACUGCGAGAAUCACUACAACCAGCUCUUUGGGGAAGUCUGUUACCACUGCAAUCGCGUCAUUGAGGGAGAUGUGGUGUCUGCGCUGAAAAAGGCCUGGUGUGUCAAAUGCUUCAGCUGCUCCACAUGCAACUCCAAGCUGACCCUCAAGGAUAAGUUUGUGGAGAUGGAUCUGAAGCCCGUGUGUAAGCACUGCUACGAGCGCGUGCCGUUUGAGCUCAAGAGACGCCUGUCCAAGCGUGAACAAGACUCCAAAGACAUGACGAAGAAGAAAAUGCCCAUCUGUUUGUAACGCAUGACUCUCCUGUCAUCACGACACAUGCUGUUUCCUCCUCCUGAGACACUUCUGUCAUCAAUCGCUCUCCCGCAUGUCAGACCCAACCCACAAGACCUCCGUUCAUCUUCAAAUCAUCUUUAAGGGUGACGAGAGGAUUGUCAUAUUGUGUCAUACUAAAGAAUCACACAUACAUUUAGCUGAAGAUCACCUUUAGCCACUUCAUAUGUCGCUCUCCCUUCACACCUGUGAAAUGAGAAAGCAUUUCUGACAGGUUUUACACAUACAGGCCCGGGGCUUCAUCCAAAAGCAGGGUCUUUUUUUUAAACUCUUUUAACUGCGUGGUGAGUUUUUGGGGUAUAACUAGCCUUGUCCUCAUGUGGGGAGUCGGAACAUCCAGCAUUUCACCUCCAUUGUAUCGAAUCUGUCAUGAGCUGCAUCACGACUGAUGAUUUCAUUGUAAAAUCACAAGGGUUCACGAAUAAAGAAAUACAGUCUUUUGUUGUGCUGUUUUAACAUCUCACCUGCGUUCUGUUGGAUUGCAUUUUGUGUAUGGUUGAUAACAGUCAGUUGGAAAAUGAUGUUUGAUUUUUGUUCGCUAUUAAGAGAGUAACUGCACUAAUGCAGGCACUACGUGCAUUUAUCAGUUCUCAGACAGUAAAACUGAUGUUUCAUGAAGUUUGAACUGAAGUCUCCUGUAUGGGAACCAGCGGCAACUGCAUGUGAAC